AUGGCUCACACCAGGUGGACCAAAAUAAAGUCUACCGGAGGGCCUGCGAAAUGUGGUGUACUACCUGGUUCCCUCAGGCGUGUCCCUAUUCACAAUGGCAAAGUGCUCAUCAAAAGUGUAUAUCCCAACACGUUACCAAGUGGGUUGUCGAAGAUGAUAAUGAGUGGGAUUAAAGGCCCACUGAAGCCUCAACGUUGGAACAUUUGGUGCUUGUUGUGCCGCAAUGGCGCUCCACAGAUGUACAAGUGUUCAUUUUGCCCGUGCACCAUAUGCAAACGCUGUCUUGCCAUCCCAGAAGAGUCACAGGAGUAUAUCGACAGCGAUGAUAUUCUUUUCAGAUGCCCAGGUUGCCAUGAAGUUCACGAUAAACGGGAUAGGAAGGGCAUCAUUACACCGUACUCUGGUUUUGAGGACGCUGAAGGGAAGCCCGCGCUGGCAAGGCCUGUCACUAUCCAUGGCCACAUUGAGCUGACCAGUCGGUCAGAGGUAUGCACCAUGCCGGUUCUCAUUCUCAACUUUAUCCUUGAUGGUGUUGAUGUCCUUGGAUCACCUGCAUGCAUCAUGCGAGAUGCACUGCAUCCAUACGUUGCUGCAGAUUACCAUGAAAUCAUCUUCGACGUCGGAACAGUUUCCAAGGCCAAGAACCACGCUAAGUUAAUGACGAAGCUUGCAAAUGAACUAGGAUCAUGUUGGUAUGAUCGUGUCGAGGUCUUUGUCCACUCUCACUCAGAGACCAUGCGAGGUGACCUUUGGGGAGGGUUCGAGAACAGCAAGAACAAAGGUGAGCGAGGGGAACCUGUCGCCUAUGCAAUCAAUGACAUGAGUCAGCCCUCAUUUCUAUUUAUUGAUUUCACUCAUUCUUCACAGUUUUUUGCGCUAGUCUUCGUCAAUGGCAUGGAAAACUUUCUGCAGGGAAGCAUGCUGUGGAUGUUGGUGUGUGGCCAUAUGGUACGCGAAGUUGACACCUUUGACAAUUUCAAAGCUUGUACCAAAAGUUAUGAAGUCCAACAUGCUUUUGUAUUCGGUGCUGAGCGCUUUCAUGCAUGCCUUAUCACAGUGUUCAACAUCGCUUAUGUCAGUCAUGUUCUUGUUGAAGGCUUCAAGGUACAGGACACCAUGCAGGAUCUUCUGGUAGCGUCCUUUCAACUCGGCAUGCACAGUUCCAUAAUACAUGUCCAUAUCACAAAUGCUUUCCGUCAUUGCCCACCUACUGUCUCUGAAUACAACAAAGGGGCCCUGUAUGUCGACGAAAAGGCCUCCAUGAUCACAUUGACGUACACAUACUUCGACGAGAACCAGCAUCUUUGGGGAAACCCUCUACCAUAUCAAUGUUCGGACUGCAACUGUGUUCGUCCUUGGAACUGCAGCACUCGCUCUAUGUCCGACAAUGUCAAGUUCUCUUGCAAGAACUGCGGUUUCAUCCUUACCUAUACGAAACCCGACCAGACAAAAAUCAUCCUAUUCACCGAUGGUUAUCAGGGAACUAGCAAUGCCAGUGGGAAGCUAAUGAAAAAAGGCCGCAGCACCAGUUGUGGGUGGCUGGUGCUUGUAGCAAAUGAGCCUGGUGUGCCAGCUGUUGCUCAAUCAAGAACCCAUGCUGCUGCAAACCCUUGA